AUGAGCGACAAGAAGAGCUCGCUGUCGAGCAGCUCGCGGCGAAUCCAGAAAGAGUUGGCGGAAAUAUCGCUCGAACCGCCGACCAACUGCAGCGCGGGACCGAAGGGGGAUAACUUGUACGAGUGGGUGUCGACCAUCGUCGGUCCGAGCGGUUCGCCGUAUAAUGGGGGUGUAUUUUUUCUCGACAUUCAAUUCCCGACCGAUUAUCCAUUCAAGCCGCCCAAAGUGACGUUCCGCACGCGAAUCUAUCACUGCAACGUCAAUAGCUCUGGACAAAUUUGUUUGGACAUUUUGAAGGAACAGUGGUCGCCCGCGCUGACAAUUUCCAAGGUUCUUCUGUCCAUUUGCUCGUUACUGACGGAUGCGAACCCGCACGAUCCUCUCGUCGGCAGCAUCGCGCAGCAGUUCUUGCAAGAUAAGGAAAAUCACGACAAGACGGCUCAAGAGUGGACCAAGGUACGUUCGGCGGAGCACGUCUGA